AUGUUUGCUUGUUCAGGAACUCAAAGAAAUCUUGCUGUCAUGGUUAUAUGUAGUCCAAUGAACAAGGUGGUGUCGGUUGACAACACCCGAGUGAAGCUCCAGAUCUGGGACACAGCUGGCCAGGAACGCUUCCGGAGUGUCACACAUGCCUACUACCGCGACGCACACGCCUUACUACUCCUGUAUGACGUCACAAACAAAUUGAGCUUCGACAACAUUCGCGCCUGGUUGGGCGAGAUUCGCGAGUACGCGCAAGACGACGUUGUCAUCAUGUUACUGGGCAACAAGGCGGACUGCGGCGGCGAGCGGGUGGUGCGCAAGGAGGACGGGGAGCGGCUGGCGCGCGAGUACAACGUGGCCUUCAUGGAGACCUCCGCCAAGACGGGCCUCAACGUGGAGCUGUCCUUCAUGGCGGUCGCCAGGGAGCUGAAGUGCCGGCAGACGGGCGAGCGCUCGGGACCGGACGGCGACCGCUUCAACGUGCAGGAGUAUGUGCGGGAGCAGGCGCAGCGGGGCUCGUGCCCGCCCUGCGGCACCUGAGGGCGAGCCUCAAGCUGGCCGCAGGUGCGUCUGCGCCUCCCGUGGCAGCCUGCUGCGGGCGCCCCUCCCUGCUGCGAGGCGCCCAGCUGCUGCUAGCGCUCCCGGUGGCCACUCCUCGCACUGCUGCCGCCAUCACCGCCGGCCAGAAUUCGCCACCUUGGUUCCCCGUCAUCGGAACAUGAAGACCGUUUCAUCUCAGUCAUCGCAGCUGCACAGGCCCAGCAACAGCGGUCUGCCUGUUGGCAGCUUGGAGAUCUUCUGCCGGAAUUCCAAAUGUUUCGCGAAUUGGGACGCUUGGCAAUUUGGUGAGGGGCGUGAUCGAUCGACCAUCCAAAUCUUCUGACCUUUACCCGUCAAAUUCUGCGAUUUACAACUGUGUCUCGCGGAGUCAAAGACAAUGAUUUUCAUCUCGUCAUUGCAUUAAAAUAUCUGAGGAUGGCCUCUAGCCUUCGGCUCCUUCGAUCGACUUCUUUCAUGUGGCAGAAAUGGAAGAGGGAGUAUUUUUUUCAGAAAGUUUAUAAUUUAAAUUUUUGAAUUGAUACAAAGUAGUGCCAUUUCUUUCUAAGACAUGUUGUUCAGGUAUGUUCAUUAACUUACAAUUAUGACUAAAUGUAUAGGAAAUGUUUUAAGGAAACAUUGUUGAUAUGAAUUAAAACUGUCCAUUGCGAUUUCUGAUUCAUGUUUCAUCUGAGAUGAGCUCGUCUAAAGAAACUGCCCUUGAACCCAAAAAAAAUGUUGCAAUAUAAAACAAGAAUAGUGCUCGUCAAUAAAUGUUGCUGAAACAAUUAUCCAGAGAAGAAAUUUCCGUCAAAAAAUCAUGUAAUCUUACUUGACGCCUGACGGCAUGUGGCAUUGUUUUCCGCGAAGCACGACUAUGACAGGGCAUUGGAAUAGUUUGAUUAGCUUGGCGUUGAGAAAAGCCCCCCCCCC